AAAGCGGUACAAUAAUAGAAAAGUAUGUAAAGAUGGGUCUCAUUUUAUUCAUAUUGACCCGCAGAAUAAAGAAAAUAUGUCAUUUUUAUCAUAAAGUGUCCAGUGUGAAAACAAAACUUUCCCAAAUUUUCAAAGUUGCAGUUUUCUAUUUCAUUUUCCCACACAAAUAUCAUUUUUUUGGUUGCGCCAUACAUUUUAUGGUGAAAUGAGUGAUGUCAUGACAAAGGAUAAUUGGUCGUGGAAAAAGCCUUCAUAUUGGACUGUGGAUAAAAUUAUAAAAGAGUUAUGAUUUUUAGAAUGCGAGGAGAAAAAAAACAUAAAUGCAAAAAUAAAAUUGGCCUAGUCCUUAAGGGGUUAAUUAUUGGAACCAUCCCAAAGCUGAGCAAUGAUUGAACACACAUGCCGUAUGGAUAGUCUAUACUUCCUAUCACCUGUGCUCACAUUUGUAGUGGCCCUAUCAGGUUUGUGGCCCUCCCCUGUUCAGGAUAUAAAUGCUCAGUGUAGAGUACCUGGCAGUGUGCACCAUCAUAGAACACAAAAUGGGGAGCAGUGAAGUGGGUCUCAGGCUAGGACUGGUGUUCUGGGCAUGGUGUGUGCUCUGGAGUGAUGGGAAGGAUUUAUGGGACGGAUCUUCACAUCUCCAAUGUGGCAUUGACAAUAUGGUGCUGUCCUUUCCUGUGUCACUUGAGGGCCUUGCAUUUUCACUGCUGGUUCUAGAUUUUCAGGGGAAGCCUCACAGCCUCACCAACAACUCUGCCUGUGGAUUCUGGACAAGCAAACGAAAUGACAUAAUGCUGCUUAAUGCUGCCUAUAAUGGAUGCUAUGUAACUGAGGAGAACGGAGAAUAUGUGAUGACCCUCUUCUUGGAGGAGGUAACAAAUGGGGGAGUUGAACAAUACAAAGUGGAGAAGCGCUGUCCUGUCAUGACUGCUAAGGAUGCUCCAAGCCCGAGUGUAUGUUCUGCUGUAAGUCAAGUGGACAAGCUUCCUUGUGUAUCUGCACCAGUGUCUCAGGUGGUCUGUGAAGAAGUUGGCUGCUGUUUCUCAUCAAAUGACUUUACAAUGCCCUGUUUCUAUGGGAAUAAAUUGACCACACAGUGCACAAGUGACAACCUCAUGGUGGUUGCGGUUUCCAAAGAUCUGACAAUUCCAUCGUUAAACUUGUCUUCUGUCCGUGUGGUUGGUCUGGACUCUUCAACAUGUGCAGGGAUGUCAAUGUCCAUGAGCGCAUCCUUUGCAGUCUUCCAGUUCCCUCUGGGUUGUGUCAGCUCAAGACAGGUUCCUGGCAGUUCCAUAGUCUAUGAGAGCACCAUUGAAGCUGCAAGAAAUACAAUAUCAUGGCAAGGAUCCACAAUCACUAGAGACAGCACAAUGAGGGUGACUGUACGCUGCAGCUACUCACAAACCGACACUGUUACUGUGAAAGCCGGUGUAUCUACUCUGCCGCCACCGCUUCCUGUCUCCACAUCUGGACCUUUGUUAAUGGAAAUGAGAAUUGCACAAGAUAUGAGCUACUCGUCCUACUUCUCUGAUCAGGAUUUCCCUGUGGUUAAAGUACUGAGAGAUCCGGUCUACUUAGAAGUCCGUCUUCUGCACAGAACUGAUCCCAAACUUGUACUGGUCUUAAAUGACUGCUGGGCCACCAACUCUGUAGACUCCACUCUCAUUCCUCAAUGGCCUAUCCUGUUGAAUAGGUGCCCCUUUGAUGGUGACAACUACAUUUCCCAGGUUAUACCAGCUGGAAGUCCUACACAAAGCCUUCCUUACCCAACUCACUAUCAGCGAUUUGUUGUGAAAACCUUUACGUUUGUAGACCAAAGCACCCAAAUUGCUCUUGAAGGAUUGGUCUACUUCCACUGUAGUGCUUCAGCCUGUUUCCCAUCUGCCACAGACAGAUGUAUAACUUCAUGUGCCCAAAGGAAAAGACGAAUGGCUGAAGACAUUGAAUCAGAGCCUCUAGAGAAUGUAGUGACUUCCAAUGGACCAGUUCAGUUCCUCCCUGUUGACGGAGAGACUUUGAACCUGAAAGGUGUCUUCCACUCUGAAUAUUCUACUUUAGAUAUUGUCAGAGCAAUUGCUGCUGGAGGAGUAGCCAUGAUGGUAUUUAUUGUGUUUUUAGGUAUUUGGCUUCACCAUAAAGCUCAAAGCAAAAAGCAUAAACUAAAUGCUUGAAUAAAAAC